AUGGCGACUGGCGGCAAUCCUGCGAGAAGCAGGGGGGAAGUGUCAGGCGAGCAUGAGAGGCGUGACACGUUGUCCCCGUCCCAAAAUCCUCACUCGUCAACCCGGGAUGCCGAGCCCUCUGGAGAGGACCCGUUGGGCCUGACAUUGGUGCACCGGCCCCGCGGGCAGCGCAGGGCUGACAUCGUCUUUGUCCACGGCUUGGGCGGGAGCAGUCGCAAGACAUGGUCCCAUAACCGCGAUCCAGAGCUCUUCUGGCCUCUGAAGUUCCUGCCUUCCGAGCCCGAGAUUAAUGAAGCGCGUAUCCUGACUUUUGGGUACAAUGCGAACUUCCGGCCUGGGAGCGGCAGGAACAAGAUGUCGAUCCCUGAAUUCGCCAUGGAUCUGUUGUGCGAUCUGAAACACUACAAAGACGAGCCUGUUGAGGGACUGGAAGAGCCGCCUAUGGGCGAGAGACCCAUCAUAUUCAUUGCUCAUUCCAUGGGCGGCUUAAUCGUGAAAGAGGCCUGCGUUAACGGUCGUGGCGACCCGGCGUACAGGUGCAUCGCCAGAGCAGUCUCGGCCAUCAUCUUCCUCUCAACGCCGCACCGCGGCUCCAAUCUAGCCAAGACUCUGAACCGCAUCUUGCAAGUGUCGCUUGCAACCAGCCCUAUGCAGUUCAUUGCCGAGCUCGCGCCCGGCUCCCACACCAUCCAGGAUCUUAACGAAAAGUUCAGGCACAUUGCCCCAUCCCUGAACAUUUACUCGUUCUACGAGACCCGCCCGACGGCGCUGGCGUUUAAUACAACAAAAAUUAUGGUCUUGGAGAGGGACUCCUCGGUGCUGGGCUAUCCGGGCGAGAUCGCGAGGUCGUUGGAUGCGGACCACCAUGGCGUGUGCAAGUACACAAGCCCGUCGGACCCGCGGUAUAUUAGCGUGAGGAACGUACUGAAAGCUGUGGUGGGAAAGAUCAGCUCAAGCGGUAUGUCGUCGAUUUUCUGA